UGUACCCAAAUAACCACAGCACUAGGAAAAAAUCUUCCCUCUUGGUAUAAAUUAGAGUUCAUAGGAAAAGUCUAUAGCCUUUACAUUUAACCCCUGGAAUUCAGAGAUAUUCAAGAGUUGCAAAUUCCUACAUUCACCUAAAAAAACCCACGAAACCAAAAAAAAAAAAACCAAACCCACAUUAUAUUAAAGGUGAACAGCUCAAAUUCUCAGCAUAUGACAUAAGUGUAUGAAUUCCUCAUACACAUUCAGUCCAUCUAGGCCAAUAUCCUGAACUCAUGGUCACAGUAGAUUACUGAGUUGGAGUAAACUGACUUGAGAAAAUGACUUGAAAACAAGUCCACACUCAAGUGCAGACUAAAACUGUGAGUUUGACAGUCACUGGAUGACUUUCCCUGGUCUGGCUGUGUAUGUGUUCCAGUUGUUUAGCACCAAGAAAGUUGGAAUAUAUCAGCUUCAAACUCCUCUUUCAAACCCAACUUCCAAGAUUAACUUAAAUGUAAAGAAGAUCCAACCUGAUGCCGUUUUCCUGAAUACAUGAGAACCUCCUGACAAAGAUAAUUUAGAAAUUGGUCCAUAUAGUUUCCCAUGUUUUAUCAAUUAGACCUAGUAGACCAGAGACAGCAAAAACAAAGAAACAAACUAACUAACAAAGAUAGGACAUUAAAUCUUCAAAGUAUUUGUGAAGCUCUGAGUAAUGUGAUGAUUGAGUACUUGACUGAAUGCUGCAUAUUAUGUACAAGCCUCCAUGAAAAUGCCCAUUUCAUCUGUUCUAAUGUUUUACUUUUCUUCCAACACAGGGAUCCCACAUACCCCAGCUGUGCCUCCUCAGAUCUGUACAACACUGAUUCAGACUAUUCAAAAAUUUCAACUGUUCCAGCUGUCACAGAAAAUAACUGGGGCCAGCUGAAUGUCAGGAUGCAACUAAUUACUAUUGUAGUACUACUUUUUCUUUGUAAGGCAUCUGACUGUAGAAGGACAAGGAACAGGAGUUUGAAAAACAAUGAAAGGGAAAACAUCUUAAGGAGAGCAUCUAGCACUGUUAAGCGCAAUGCCCAAGGUCUAACAUGUGAUAUUUACACUCACCUUCAUGAGAAAUACUUAGAUUGUCAGGAGAGAAAAUUGAUUUUUGUGGGACCUGAUUGGCCAGAGGAUAUAAAACACAUGCUGCUAGCAAGAAACAGGAUUCGCAAAUUGAAGAAUAAUAUGUUUUCCAAGUAUAAAGCACUGAAAAGUCUAGAUUUACAACAGAAUGAUAUAUCAAAAAUUGAGAGCGAGGCUUUUUUUGGUUUGAAUAAACUUACCACACUUUUACUUCAGCAUAACCAAAUUAAGAGUUUAUCUGAAGAGAUUUUUAUUUAUACACCCAGUCUAAACUACCUACGCCUUUAUGAUAAUCCCUGGCAUUGCAACUGUGAACUAGAAACCCUUGUUACAAUGCUACAGGUUCCAACAAACAGAAAUUUGGGAAAUUAUGCCAAGUGUUUGCAUCCAAUAGAACUGAAAAAUCAAAAGCUAAAGGAGAUAAAAGCUGAUCAGCUAUGUAGUGAAGAGGACAGGCAGGACCCCAGAAACAUAAAACGGGAGAAGCCCGAACCUGUCAAACCAGAAUUUGAUUCCUCUUUGUGCCACAUGUAUGUGUUUCCUGUACCAACUCUGAACUGCAAAAGAAAAGAUUUAAAGAAAGUUCCAGGUAACAUACCUCCAGAUAUAGCUAAACUUGAUUUGUCCAACAACAAAAUAAGACAACUACGAGCCAAAGAGUUUGAAGAUGCCAGUGAACUGAAGAUAUUAAACCUAAACAGCAAUGGAAUAGCUUACAUUGAUCCUGCUGCUUUCUCAGGCCUCAACAACUUAGAGGAGCUGGAUCUAUCAAACAACAGCUUGCAGAAUUUUGAAUAUGGAGUACUGGAAGAUCUUUACUUUCUGAAAGUACUGUGGCUGAGAGAGAAUCCUUGGAGAUGUGAUUACAACAUUCAUUAUCUUUUUUACUGGCUGAAGCAUCACUACAAUGUUCACUACAAUGGCCUAGAAUGCAAAAUGCCUGAGGAAUAUAAAGGAUGGUCUGUUGGAAAAUAUGUUCGAAGUUAUUAUGAGGAGUGCCCAAAAGACAAGCUUCCCAUUUAUCCAGAAACUUUUGAUCUGGACAAAGAUGAUGAAGAAUGGGAGCGACACAAAGAGCAAACAGUUCAAACAGUAAAGAAGCAUGGUGUAAUUGUCACUGUGAUAGGCUAAUAAGGGAACUCUUUUUUUUUAGUACAUUUAAAUAUCUGAUACUCUGAAAAAGAAAAACAUGCUGUUUACAUUUUUUGCUAAUUAUACUGAUUGUUUGUAAGACUAUCUGCCUUCAAAGUUUUUUGUGUAUUGCAGAUAAUAACUACAGAAUGGCAUUAGUUAUCCAGCAUCCUUAAUCCAGUAAUUGUUUCUGACGAUUUGUUCUGGACACUCUUGUGAAACAUUUUUGGUAAAUAUUUGAAACUAUGCAGCAGAAAUCGAUAGACAAAAAUGUACAUAAUGUGAUGGGGAGGAGCUAUCCUAUGUAUGAACACAUCUUAUGUGUUCACACAGAAAUAGCUGCAGGAUUGUGACCAAGACACCUUUUUCUCUAAUGUAUUGACAGUUCUUUGUAUCUAUCAGUUUCCUGAAAUAUUCCCAGAAAGCAUUUCUAAGAUUUUUGUAUUGACUUCCUCUUGUUUCAUUGUAUACCAAAAAAACCAAACUGAAGACUAACCUUAAAUACAAUUCUAGAAAAACAGGAA